AUGGAGCUAGGUUCCGACAUAAUACACGACAUCGUUCAUCCCACGGCUGCCUUUUCUCAAUUCAUUCGCUUUCGUGCGGACCACCACGAUGCUGGCGACUCAUAUCGCCUUCUCCCGGUGGACUGGGAGGCUUCCCAGCUGAAUCCCAAGAACCGUGUUGACAGUCUCGAUCCUCUGCCCAAUCCUCUUUGGCGUAUCGAUGGCUGCACCGGGCUGGGGACUCAGUUCUACGUUCUCCCGCUGUUUCUUCGCUGCGUGCCACCCAUGCGCAUCGAUGCCUUUAUUCCAGAGCAGUCAAGUCAGCCGUAUGACAUCCGACAACUGCUCGAUUUGGAUGUGGCCUUUCAUACCAAGGAUCGAGCUCGAGUCCAAGAGCUCAACAUAUCAAAGCACAUUCUCCGCGCUCUACAGCUCUGGACAAAAAGUCUACCAGAGCCCGAAGCACUCUUCACCUCUAUGCCAUUCGGAUCUCGCAUCGUCUUCAAAUCUCUGUCUCUGAAUGUCAGAGCUAUGAAAAUCGACGUCGCACCAACACACUACCUGGAACGACAACUGCUCUCGUCCUCUGCCUUGGCCCAGAUGUGGGGUGCUACAGUUCAGCUUCCAGAACACGUCGACAUCUCCGAGGUCCACGUCGUCGAACAGAUUCACGACAGUGUCUGCCUUGUCCGGAUCCAAGGCCGCCUGUGGAUUCUGAAGACUUUGACGAGUUACACAAAGUAUUUAUAUCACGAGCUCAAGCUCUUGUUGUCAGCGAAGCCACAUCCAAACGUCAUGUCACGUCCGGCCCACCUCGUCACGAAGCGAUGCAGUUUUGGCAGCAAGACAGCUGUCAUUGGUUUCACACUCGAGUAUCACUGCUAUGGUACCAUGCGAGAUAUUGUGCCGCUACAAAGAAUCCACAAUACGCUUUCCCCCGCCGAACAGCUCAAAUGGGCCAUGCAAAUCACUUCAGGUGUGUUACACCACCGUAAUACCUCUGGCACAUUUUAUCCCGACCUUCGUCUGGACAAUGUUGUUUUGUCAAAGGAUAGAGAUGCCAUCAUAGUCGAUUUCGAGCAGCGGGGCGUGUGGUGUGAGUUUGCGUCCCCAGAAAUCAACGCCAUCGAGUACAUCCGCCUGUUAGCCAUUGACGAGGACAUCCCCGAAGACGUAAGGGAUCACUACGCCGAGAUACUGAGGCGUAUGUGCCCCGAUUUCGAGACUCUUCACAGCAGAGAAGAAUACACGAAUCCCGCCAACGGCUACAACAUCUGCUGGGCAUGCCUCAGUCCGAAAGAACAGGAAGCAUCUGAGGUAUACAUGCUUGGAAGGGUGUUGUGGUGCAUCUUCGAGGGGGCUAGCGCUCCGCAGCAAGCUGCUGUCUGGCAGUCUUACCGAUGGGAGGCCGAAGUCGACUUUCCUGCCUAUCUGAGGACGCCGCCGAAAAUACAGUCUCUUAUCGACCGCUGUACCAUUGGCCGUCGAGCCACGUUGGGUAAUCAAAUCGGCAGGGAUGGCAAUAGGCUUGUGUUUAAGGGUUACGGGAAGAUGGCUGAUCCGGGAGACAUCCGUACAGCAGCCGCAACAUGGUGGAAGAGAGAGGUAGCAUGGGCCGAAGCGUUUCUGACUACAAGAGAGGGUUCCAAGUCAGUAGGGGGAUGGGAUGAAAAUCACUUUGGCAGGCCAAGUCUCCAAGAGGUAAUGAAUGAACUGGACAAGCUGUGUGCCCAGUUUUAA